CAUCACCAUCACCAUCACCAUCACCAUCACCAUCACCAUCACCAUCACCAUCACCAUCACCAUCACCAUCAACAUUUAUUGUGAAUCAAUAGUAUCUAUCUAUAAUCUAUAAUCUAUAAUCUACAAUCUACAAUCUACAAUCUAUAAUAUAUUUUGAUUGAAAAGUAAUAAUCAAAAAAAUCAAAGACAAUGGCAACAAUUGGUGGUAGUAGUAAUUUUGACAUCAACUUAAUGGAAUUACGUGAAUUAAUGGAUUGUCGUGGUCUUGAAACUAUUGCAAAAAUCCAACAAAAAUAUGGUAGCGUACAGAAUCUAUGCCAAAAAUUACGAACAUCCCAGAAUGAAGGUCUUAGCGGUGAUCAACAAGAUCUUGAGCUAAGGAAACAGGUUUUCGGUGCCAAUGUGAUACCUCCAAAACCGCCAAAAACCUUUUUGCAAUUGGUUUGGGAAGCAUUACAAGAUGUUACAUUGAUUAUACUUGAAGUUGCUGCCAUUAUUUCGUUGGCACUCGCCUUCUAUAAGCCUCCUGAUGGCAGUGAUGACGAAGACGCAACGGGCGGCCCAUUACACGAAGAAAGUGAAGCUGGUUGGAUUGAAGGUGCUGCCAUUCUGGUCUCCGUAAUCAUUGUUGUCUUAGUCACUGCCUUCAAUGAUUAUACAAAAGAACGCCAGUUUCGUGGCCUACAAAGUCGUAUCGAACACGAGCACAAAUUUUCAGUCAUUCGCAAUAGUGAAGUGAUUCAAUUGCUCGUAUCCGAUCUGGUUGUUGGCGACAUUUGUCAGGUUAAAUAUGGUGAUCUAUUACCAGCCGAUGGUAUCAUUAUACAAAGCAAUGAUCUUAAAGUGGAUGAAUCCUCAUUGACCGGUGAAUCGGAUCAUGUGAAAAAAGGUCUUGAUUAUGAUCCCACUCUUUUCUCUGGCACACAUGUGAUGGAAGGUAGUGGCCGUAUGGUUGUUACCGCCGUCGGUAUUAAUUCACAAGCCGGUAUUAUAUUCGCCCUAUUGGGUGCCGCUCAAACUGAAGAUGAUGAACAGAAAAAGAAAGCGAAAAAAGAAGCAAAAAAGAAAAAGAAAAGGAAAAGUAUUGUAUCGGCUGAUGAAGAAGCAGGUGAAGCUGGUGGUGUUCGACCUGGAAGCGUUGGUAUCGGUAAUACCGGUGGUAAUUCACAUCCAUCAAAUAUGAUGAGUAUGAAUGCAAUUGGAUCAUCGAUGGCCGCACCACAAUAUGGUGCCGAUAACAUUGGUGGGAUACGAUCAGUGGAUAGUGCUGGUAGUGGUGCAUUGACUGAUUCCGCAUUAACCGAUAGUGAUCAUCGUAAAUCAAGACAAGAUGAUGAAACAUCAAAUCCUCGCAAAGAAAAAUCUGUGUUACAAGCAAAACUAACCAAAUUAGCCAUCCAAAUCGGUUAUGGAGGAUCGGCAAUCGCAGUGUUGACCGUUGUCAUAUUAAUAUUACGUUUUGUGAUCAAGAAAUUUGUCAUUCAAAACAAACGUUUUAAAAUGAUGUAUAUGCAAUAUUUUGUAAAAUUUGUCAUUAUCGGCGUCACCGUACUUGUUGUUGCUGUGCCUGAAGGUCUUCCAUUGGCUGUCACGUUGGCUUUAGCCUAUUCAGUCAAAAAAAUGAUGCAUGACAAUAAUCUGGUCCGUCAUUUGGACGCUUGUGAAACGAUGGGUAAUGCUACGGCUAUUUGCUCAGACAAAACCGGUACAUUAACAACGAAUCGUAUGACGGCCGUACAAUGCUAUUGUUGUGGUGUUCAUUAUAAACAGAUUCCCAAAUUCGAGCAAUUGCCCGUCAACGUUUCCAAUACUUUGAUCGAGGCAAUCGCAUUCAAUAGUGCUUAUACAACUAGAAUUAUGCCACCUGAUAAUCCGGGUGAUAAUCCGAAACAGGUUGGCAACAAAACUGAAUGUGCCCUUCUUGGUUUUGUCUUGGAUCUCGGUAAAGAUUACCAAACAUUACGUGAUCGUAUGCCCGAAGAAAAAUUAUAUAAAGUUUAUACAUUCAAUUCGGUCCGUAAAUCAAUGUCGACCGUUAUACAAUUACCAAACAAUGAAGGUUUUCGUGUGUUCACUAAAGGUGCUUCCGAGAUUAUAAUGAAACGUUGUAUGUUUAUAUUCGGUAAAGAUGGUACAUUGUUGCGAUUUCCAAAAGAAGAACAGGAUAAAUUGAUUAAAAAUGUGAUUGAACCGAUGGCAUCGGAUGGUCUACGUACAAUCGGGGUGGCCUAUAAAGAUUUUGUUCGCCGUAAACCAUCAUCAGCUAAUGAAAUACAGAUUGAUGGAGAACCAAAUUGGGAUGAUGAAGAUUAUAUACAAUCACGUUUAACUUGUCUAGCUAUUGUCGGUAUUGAAGAUCCUGUUCGACCUGAGGUGCCUGAUGCUAUUCGUAAAUGUCAACAAGCUGGUAUUACUGUUCGUAUGGUAACCGGUGAUAAUGUUAAUACGGCUAGAUCGAUUGCAACAAAAUGUGGUAUCGUGAAACCGGGUGAAGAUUUUCUUGUACUUGAAGGCAAAGAAUUUAAUAAGCGUAUUCGUGAUGCGCGUGGUGAAGUACGGCAAGAAUUAUUCGAUAAAAUAUGGCCGCGUUUACGUGUUUUAGCACGUUCAUCACCGUCCGACAAAUAUGUGUUAGUCAAACACAUUAUUGAAUCGAAGCUCAAUCCAAAUCGUGAAGUGGUUGCCGUCACCGGUGAUGGCACUAAUGAUGGUCCGGCAUUGAAAAAAGCUGAUGUUGGUUUUGCCAUGGGCAUUGCCGGUACCGAUGUUGCGAAGGAAGCAUCGGACAUUAUUCUCACCGAUGAUAAUUUCUCCAGUAUUGUCAAGGCUGUUAUGUGGGGCCGUAAUGUUUAUGAUUCGAUUGCAAAAUUUUUACAAUUUCAAUUGACCGUAAAUGUUGUUGCUGUCAUUGUGGCCUUUGUUGGAGCCUGUGCCAUUGAGGACAGUCCAUUGAAAGCUGUACAAAUGUUAUGGGUAAAUCUAAUAAUGGACACGUUGGCAUCAUUGGCAUUGGCAACAGAAUUACCAACCACCGAUCUAUUGACACGUAAACCAUAUGGCCGUACAAAACCAUUAAUUUCUCGUACAAUGAUGAAGAACAUUAUUGGCCAUGCUAUCUAUCAAUUGACCGUCAUAUUCUUCCUAUUAUUUGCCGGUCAUCGAUUUUUCGAUAUCGAUUCUGGUCUUGGUGCCGAAUUAAAUGCGCUACCAUCGCAACAUUUUACCAUCAUAUUCAACACGUUUGUCAUGAUGACAUUGUUUAAUGAGAUUAAUUCAAGAAAAAUUCAUGGAGAACGAAAUAUUUUCGAAGGCCUGUUCACUAAUCCCAUUUUCUACGGAAUUCUAUUUCUCACUGCCUUUGCUCAAGUGAUUAUCGUCCAAUUUGGUGGUCGACCAUUUAGCACAGCCUCACUGACACUAGAGCAAUGGGCGUGGUGUAUAUUUUUCGGUGUUGGCGUGUUAGUAUGGGGACAAUUGAUCACAACGAUUCCGACCAAACGAAUACCGAAACAAUUUUCAUGGGGUAGUGGUCCACCCGAAGAGAUGAUCGAUGCAACAAGUUCAUUGGUUGAAGAUGGUUCAUCCGGUUCAUUAUCACAAGACGUUAAACGUACUGGCCAAAUAUUAUGGAUACGUGGAUUAACACGUCUGCAGACUCAGUUACGUGUUGUACGAGCAUUUCGUUCAACAUUAGAAGAUAUGGAAGAAAGACGUUCAUGUCAUUCACUGCAUAAUUGUCUUCGUACAUCACGUUCGCAUCCAAGUCAGCUACGUAGUAGUUGUUCACAAUUUCCAAUGGGUAUCACUAACAUCAAUGAUAUGAUGAUGAUGACAACAACAACUUCGACAGCAGCAGCAACAUCAACAAUGAUGAUGGCGACACAAGCGCCAUCAAUAAUUUAUAGUAAUAAUAAUUCCACUUCAAGUAGUCAUAGUCAAUAUUUAAAUGCAUCAGCAUCGGCAGCUAGUUAUGCUACCGGUAAUGGUGGUCAAAUACUGAUUGAUCAACAACCACAAAGUCGUCAACACCAUCAUCAUCAUCAUCAAUACUCAUCAAUCAAAUCAAAUCCUCAAUCCCAAUAUUCGCCGACAAAGAAAUUUGACUCUCAACAACAGCAACAGCCAGUUGUGCCUCCAAUAUUACAGCCAAUAUCGGCAAAACAACAUCGAUCAUCAUCAACGUCAUCGUCGUCAAAUGUGACAAAGCAGCCAAUAAUGAUGAUGAUUUCUCCAACACAAUCAACAUCAAUCGGACAACCACAACCGGGUAUUCCAUCAGCUGUACCCGGUACAAUUGUUACAUAUACAGUUGUAAGGCCAUUAAAUCCACAUAAGGCAUUACGUUCACAUCAAUCAAUCAAUGUGCCUAUCGAAUUUGAUGAUUCAAUCACCAAUAUUGAUGAUAAUCAAAUUGGCCAUAAUGAUGAUGAUGAUAAUCAUUCUGAUCAGAAGCAAUCAGAUUCUCUAAUUAAUGAACGAAAACAGUCAACAUUGGCUGCAGACGAUGGUGGUGGUGGUGCUGGUGGUGGUGAAAGUGAAAUGAUCGAUUAUCGUCAUCGAUCUGCAUCACAACAACGUUUACAAGUAGAACGUUCACGUUCAGCACCAUAUUCAAUGUUAUCAUCAUCGACCACAAUAACCGAUGCUUAUCAUCAAUCAACAUCAGCAUUGCAGCAAGGUGGUGGUGGUGGUGGUGUUGUUAAUAUACCACCAGGUGUACAAGCUUAUUAUCAUAUUUCUUCACCAUAUUCUGGUCGUGCUAGUUCACGUUCAAGUGCAAGUAGUCCUGGUGGUGGUCAUCGUGCAAAUGCUAUGAUGAUGAUGGCCACCGCUUCUGGUAUUCGGCGACAUAGCUCAAGUUCAAGUCGAAGUUCAAGUUGUUGUUCUAGCGAUUCAAAUAUACUUAGCGGAAGUAGCCGUUCAGCUAGUUUUAGCAAUAGUAGUGUAAGUUGUAGUAGCGCUGAAAGUGGUGGUAAUGGUGGUGGUGCUACUCAUCGUCAUAAAGGUGGGAGUGGUAAUAGACGGAGAAGUCAUUCAUCAUCCGCCCAUCAGCAUCAACAUCAUCAUCAUCAUCAUCAUGGCCGGCAUCAUUCGCAUCAACCAUCACAGCAUCAUCACCAUCAUCAUCAUUCUCAUCGACGAUCGCAUUCAGAUCGUCAUCGAUCCAGUUCAUACCAUCAUCAUCAACACAAAUCGGAUCAAAGAUUAUAUGUACCACCGGAAACUAUUGGUGGAACUAUUGCAUCUGGUCAUCAUCAUCAUUCUCAUGAAAGACAUCACCAUAAACACCACCAUAGACGUCAUGGUGAUGAUAGUGGUGGUGGUAGUGGCCACCAUCAUCAUCAUCAUCAUCAUCAUUCACAUCAUCAUCAACAAAACAAAGCAAGACGAUCAUCAUCAUCGAUAGCCAAAAAUUAUAUGCCUGUAAGCCCAAGAAAAACUAGCCAACAACAUUUACAAAUACCAGAAGUGGAUCCACAAUCUUCGCGUCACCAUCAUCACCAUGUUAAACAUCAUCAUUCACGAUCACGGUCAAGAUCACGAUCACCAUCAACAGGAUCGACACAUCAUAAUAUUGCUGCCAAAACUACAACGAUCACUUCCUUUACACCCACUACUUCCCACAUGGUUACUGUUCCAAGUGGAUCACGACGAUCAUCACGUAGUCAUCGAUCACGAUCACCAUCAAGUGGUGAUCAUCAUCAUAAUCGUCAUGGGAGUGGUGGUAGUGGCGGAAGUGGCCGUCGUCAUUAUCAUCAUCAUCAUCAUCAACAUUCAUCAACAGGCAUUGAUGAUAAUGAAAGUGGCUUACAAGGUGGUUGUAGUGGUAGUCAAAUGUUAACAACAACAAUAUCAUCCACUUCUGCAUCGGCUGUUCGUCGUAAAUCAUCAGCUUCAAAUAAUCCACUUGUACAAGGUUAUCAUUUAUUAACCGAUGCACCGAUAUCCGGUUCAUCAUCUGUAACCGGUUCCGGUAGUCGUAUACAUCAUCAUCAUCACAGUCAUCAUGGUCAUCAUAGCCAUCAUCAUCCACAUGAAACAAUUAUUUGACAACGAAUAACAAAAUCAUUUUCUUGUUGAUUCAAUCAAAAUGUCAAAUGUCCUUGUUUUAUCAUCAUAAAUUGAUUGAUUGAUGAUGAUGAUGAUGAUGAUUGUUGAAAGCCAAUUAUGAAGAAAUGAAAGGUUUGACCAAUUGAUGAAUCAAUUCUCAUGUUUUGUUCGAAAAUCAAAAAAAAUGGCCAACCAAAUCGGAUAUUGUAUUAUUAUUAACCAUUUGAAUGAUUGUGGAUUAUUCUCUAUAUAUUUUUUUCUAUAAACGAUAAUUUACAUGAGCGUAUGGAAUAACGAAUGAUUGUUUGAUGUUUUCGUGAUCUCUUUCUCUCUUUCUUUCUC